AGUUGAUUCUAUUAAUAAGUUUCAUAAAAUGUUGUAGCACUCGAGUGUUGGUUAAAACGGUGAUAUUUAUGUUUAUAUCCAAUAAAACUAUCAUCCUAAUAAACGAGCGAAUUUCUGAAAUUGUAGCGGUCCCCGGUAUGUCAUUGUUUCAAAAAAGGCCGAUAUGAUAAAAUUAUUGUAAAACAAUAGGCUUGCACCUGUUUAUAAUGUUCGUUUAUUUCGGUAUCGAAAUCAUAACUUCUAUUGCAACAAAAGGAUGAUGGUCCCAGUUAACUGUGAACAAGUUUUUACGAAAUCGUAAUCCUGUAACUCUUGUCUAAACCAUUGUGAAAUAACUUGUCUCGUCGCCAAAAAAAACAAAAAUAAUAAACAACAAGUGAACAACAACAAUUACUGAACAAGUGAAAAAUAAAAAGUGCCAAAAAUGUAUCAUUCGACGAAUCGUGUGUUUUGGUUUCUUACCCUGCAGACGUUUAUAAUAAUAAUUUGUCUUGCGCCGAAACUGAAGUCUCACCCCGUUGGCAAAGACAAUCCUGCCGAUUUCGAGGACGAUAAGGAAGAAAUCCAAAAGCAACUGAUAGAUCUCCUCAUGAAAUGGUACUACGAUACAGAAUCGGAACAAUCCCCAAAACACCAUCAUCUGAGACACCAUCAUCACAACCCGAACCGUAAUAAGGGAAAAAUUAUUAAUGAUAACGACGAAAUGAUGAUGGGCGAUCAACCGGCGAUUGACGACGAUAUCAGUGGUAAGAGUAUGCAGGCCGAUGCCGCCGAGGGAACGCCGUCCUCCAUAGGGGUCGGUUUGGCACAAAUUGAUAACGACGAUUACAGGACCGGAUUCGAUGUCACGAAAAUGAGAGACAGAAGACGUGAUGUGGAAACUUAUGGAAGAGACAAAAACGAACGCAUUAAUAACAUAAAAACUACGGUACAACAGCACACUGGACGUGUCAAUGGCACUAAGCCCCCAGGAACGGCUGAAAUCCUUAAAUUACUACUGAACUCUUCCAAGAUUCCUAUGGAAAAUAUCCUUGGGAAAGCCGCUAGCUCAUAUCCUUCAUGUGAAAUACCGAAAAACACCGACACGGAAGCAUGGCAUGACGAAAACGUAAUAAAUCUGUAUUUCCCGAACGAUCCCACCCGGGAAACUAAUGCCAGCAUAGCCACCGCUGUGUUAAAACUUUAUCGUACUUUUUCCGAAAAUAAUUCGUCAAAAAUUUCUCAAAACGACGUCGGCUGCGAAAACGCCACCCCCGACGAAGAAAGACUUCUCCGAGUUUCAGUAUUUUGGUACACAAAAUCCCUAAAAAAACACCGAGUCAAGCGUCGUCUGUGUGACAGCAGGGUCGUGAGCGAAUCCAACAAAUGGGUCGAACUGAACAUCAUGCACGCCAUCAGGGCUUGGUCCAAGGGACGGAAUUUGGGACUCGCGGUUAUUGUAGAAGACCAAGAGCAAAAUGUCCUGAAGGCUUCCAGAUACUACAAAGGAGUCUCUUGCACGGUCGGCGAUUCAGUCCCAGCCGUCGCCAAUGAUCCAAUCCCAAGACAUUUCGGUCGUAUUGGACGAGAUUACUCAACUCCAGCCGUUCAUGAUAGCAUACCUUUGCCUCCAAUGAUACAGUACUGUCUUCUCAACAAUUCCCACAACCAUUCUGUCGCCGCCCAUCCAUCAGAAUUCACGUUGGCCGCUUGCAAAAUACCGAAAACCAACAAGCAAGAGUACGUGGACAGGGCCCGCGAACUGGAACAGAAACUCCAUCUGGUCUUGCAAAAUGUUAACAAAACCCAAUCUCCCAAUCCUCUCGAUCCCAGAAACGGGAUCCAGGACAAACAGAUGGUCAUCUCCUAUCAGGAAUUACGUAACAAACUCAAUCAGAUCAGCAGUAGUAAUCGUGCCUCAUCCGGCGGAUUGAGAUAGGAAAUGAUGGGACUGAAAGUGGUUACACUUACUUCAAGACCUUUCAUUAUUUCUAGUAGUUUUUUAAAUGGAAAGACUGCAUUAUUUCCAAAUUUAUGAUUGGUUGAAUUAUUGACGAGCGAAUGGAUCGGUGAUAUGAUUGCAUGGGAACUGCUGGGAGUGGACCGUCUGAUUGUUUUUAUUUUCUUUUUAAGUUACUCCUUUAUAGUUAGUAGUAGUCCCUAUUCUACCAUUCAAAGUAUUCUACAAUGGCGAAAACCCCUGAACAAACCGGCUUUAUAAAAAAUGUUUGACACCUACCUUAGAUCGAUUUUUACAAUCAACCGGAAACUUAAUCGCUAGUCCAAAUUCGAGGAGCUAUGUAGAUUAGGCUGUGCCAAAAAAACUCGAUAUUUUUUUUUUCUUGCUCUCCGCUCAAAAUAUCGUAAAAUAUGUCUAAACAAAUAUCCUGUUAG